AGGUCUGGGCUGCCAGAACCAGACUUGGUGACAUUUAACAGCGCGUUAAAUGCCCUCGCGUCCUCGGCCUGCUGGAGGGAGGCCUCCUGGCUGCUGUCGGAGAUGUCUGGAAGCAGGUGGUUGCAGAUUUCGCCCAACAUCGUCAGCUACAACACUGUCCUGAGAGCUUGUGCCAGGAGUCGUUCCUGGCAAGCGGCUCUGCAACUGUUGUCGAAUCUAUGCCAGCAAGGACCCGAAGGUGAAGCGGAUCUGGUGAGCUUCAACACGGCGAUCUCGGCUUGUGAGCGGAGCAGUCAAUGGCAACUUUGCUCCUCGCUCUUGGCAAACUUGGGCCAGCGAGGCCUUCGGCCAGACACAGUCUCCCUGAACACUGUUUUGAGCAGCUUGGCACGUGGUGACGAAUGGCAAAGGGCAAUGCUGCUUUUCGAGGAGCUUUUGGCUGGAUCAGGCCCGGUCGCCGACUCCACCUCCUUGGGAUCUGUUCUUUCCGCUUGUGAGCGAGUGGGGCUUUGGCAGGCGGCUUGGUCGCUCCUUGGCCGCUUCCGCGGCCAGGGCCUGGAGCCACAAAGUGGCGCUCUGCGGGCUGCGCUGUCUGCACUGCGGUCCGGUGGACGUUGGCAAGAAGCGCUACUGCUCCUCGGCGAGCUUGACGACUCAUCUUCUGCGGACGUUGUCGGCUUUAGUGCGGCCAUGGCUGUGUUGGAGACUGCAGGCAGUUGGCAGCAAGCGUUUUGCGUGCUGGCCGAAAUGCGUAGCCGGGGCGUGGCACCCGACUCGUAUACGUACUCGGCAUUGCUUGGCAGCUGCAGAGCUUGGGCAAGCGAGGACGAGGCUGCGGCACUCAAUGCAGCACGGGCUUUGCUAGCAGAUGCGCGGGACCGCCGCGAGGCAAACGAGGUUGUGAUUGGCGCGAUGCUUCGGAUACUUGAGUUUGCAGGGCUGUGGGCUGAAGCUCUGGAUCUGCUUCGAAAGGCGUCGAGGCGGGCUGCGGGACGUGAGCCCAAUCUCAUCAACUACGCAUCCGCAGCAAGCGCCUGUGCGAAGGGCCAGAAGUGGGAGUGCUGCUUGGAUUUGCUGCGGGAGCUUGAAGAGGCCGGCACCAGUCCGGACAUUGUGCUUCUCAGUGCUGUGAUCAGCGCUUGCGAACGUAGCUUUGAGUGGCAGCGAGCGUUGGCAAUCCUGGCAUCUUCAGGCUCUCCGGACGCUGUGCUCAUCUUGAAGCAUCAGCUGCCAGCAUUCCAAUCAAGAUGCUCAUUUGCAGUGCUUGCAUUUAUUCCACAUGGAUUCGGCAUGACGCGGCAGAGCUGUGGUCAGGGUCGGAGGUGGAGAUGCUGGGCAUGUACUAUCGCUGCCGUUUCUGCACUGGUGUUGAACAGGCGAUCCAGGCAUCCAGAGGCUGACUUCGCGCAGCCUCCUGUCUCGCCACGGCCAUGUCGUGGAGUUUUAACUAGGUGUCAGUCUGGCACCGGGACUGUCGAUUCCGACUUAGCCGCAAAGCUGGAGGCCGCAAAGGAGCGGGUGGCGCAAGCCAAAGAGGCGGUGAGCCUUUUCAGGACAGAGCUUUGUGGUCGAAAUUUUCUCUCGCCGGAGAUCAACCAACCACUGCUUACAGAGAUCUUUCUUUCCUUUGUCCCCAAGAGCGCCGCGGCCAUGCGGGAACCGAUACUGGACAAGGCACUGGCAGGAAUCAUUCCCGACAUUGGCAGUGAUGUCGAGGCCUUGGCGGCUUUAGUUGGAGCCAUGGCCACAGCAAGGCUGCCUCAUGACCCAGCUUGGCAACUGAUGGCAGAUGCGGUGGCACAGGAGUGCCGUGGUGCUUCAGCGAGGCAGCUGACGGCCUUUGCCUGGGCCUUCGCGACAGCACGUGAGCCCAGGCAGGAUUUGUGGGAUUCCUUGAAGGCAGCGAUGGCAGGUAAAAUUGGACAACUUUCCGCAGAUGAGCGAGUGACAUUCGCUUGGUCAUGUGCAGAAGUGAACCAGCACGCGAGAAACCUAUUUGGAGAUGCCAGCGAGGUCGCAGCUCCGGAAGCGUCCGCAAAGAUGAUAGAGGCAAUUCAAGCUCUGCCUGGACAGGUGUUGCUUGCCGACCCAGUGCCCAUCCGUCUGGUGCCAGAUGUGCUGGUCGAGGAGCAGGGACAGGAAUUGAUUCGCAUUGCCGAUGAUGCACAGCUUUGGUCCCAGUCGAGUCGUCGUGCUGCCCGAGAUGCUCAGGGAGAGGAUGCUCUCCGGACUUCCUCUUCGGCGGUCCUCAGCUCCCCCAGCAUGUUUGGAAAUCCUGCUGUGCAGGCGGUGCGCAGCUGGGCCUCAAAGGCGCUGCAAGUGCCAGAGGACUUCGUAGAGGCACUGCAGCUGGUGCGAUACCGGAAGGGCGAGCAGUACAGCACCCAUGUAGACUGGGGUCGUCAGCAGGAUGCCUCGUUGUGGCUGGGCGGUCAGCGCACAGCAACGGCACUGAUCUACCUCAACAGCUUGCCAGAUGGCUGCGGAGGCGAGACCUCCUUCGAGAGGCUCGGAGUCUCCGUGCGGCCCCAGGCAGGCGCUGCUCUCGUCUGGCCGAAUGUGGACGCGGAGGGCCGGCCGCAGAACCUGGUCGAACAUCGAGCCCUGCCGCUUCUCUGCGAUUUCCCCAAGUAUGCCGUCAAUGUGUGGAUUCGCGAGAAAAGGCUGCCGGCCUACGUAGGACGAGCUUGA